CGUGCGCACAAACCCCGCCUUCUCUGUCCUUCCAACAUGGCGCCGAUGUUGGCGCCGCUAAAAUGCGGCUUUCUCUUCCAAAGUCGAAAACUGUCACUUCUUCUUCAAAGGACGAGCUCACACCACAUUUGGAGUCAAAAUCGCGGCGAGAACGGGACGAAGUACACGCGACAAAGUUCUUACCUGCUCAGUACUCCGCCACGCUUAAGAACAAGCACAUGGACUGCAAACAAAAAUGAAAGGAGUCAACACAUUUUGGAGGCAGCAAAACAUUUGCAGGUUACAGACAGACGAACAUGCUGGCAUGGAAAUGCUGGAGGAGGUCUCAGUGCAGACCCCAAAAAUGUGCUGAAAGAGGUGAACUCAUCCACCAUCCUGUCUGCCAUGCUCUCUUAUGUGUGGCCAAAGGACAGACCUGACCUACGGGCCCGUGUUGCCAUCUCUCUGGGCCUGCUCGCUGCAGCCAAGAUCACCAAUGUGACAGUGCCCUUCAUGUUUAAGUAUGCAGUGGACGAGCUUAACCAGAUGUCGGGACACAUGCUGAACCUGAACGAUGCGCCAAGCACUGUGGCUACCAUGGCAACGGCCAUGCUGAUUGGCUAUGGCUGCUCACGAGCCUGUGCAGCCCUCUUCAAUGAGCUUCGAAACAUGGUAUUUGGCAAGGUGGCCCAGAGCUCCAUCCGACGCAUCGCCAAGAACGUCUUCCUCCAUUUGCACAAUCUGGAUCUGGGCUUCCAUCUCAGCCGCCAGACGGGAGCAUUGUCCAAGGCCAUCGACCGUGGCACCCGAGGCAUCUCCUUUGUCCUAAGUGCCCUCAUCUUCAAUCUGGGUCCCACUGUCUUUGAGAUGGGCCUCGUUAGUGCCAUCUUGUUCUACAAGUGUGGUGGACAGUUCACGGCUGUGGCCUUGGGUACAUUAUCCACUUACACCCUUUUCACCAUCCUCAUGACACAAUGGAGGACGCGCUUUCGCAUAGAAAUGAACAAAGCAGACAACGAAGCAGGCAACGCCGCUAUCGACUCCCUGCUUAACUACGAAACUGUUAAGUAUUUCAACAAUGAGAAAUAUGAAGCUGAAAGGUAUGAUGGCUUCCUGAAAACCUAUGAGUCAUCGUCGUUACAAACUACGUCCACGCUUGCGAUGCUUAAUUUCGGCCAGAGCGCCAUCUUCAGUGUGGGCCUCACUGGCAUCAUGCUACUGGCGAGCAAGGGCAUUGCAGCAGGUACAAUGACGAUGGGGGAUCUGGUGAUGGUGAACGGCCUGCUCUUCCAGCUCUCCCUCCCGCUGAACUUCCUGGGCACAGUGUACAGAGAGACCCGGCAGGCUCUUAUAGACAUGAACACGCUUUUCACGCUGCUCAGCAUUGACACAAAGAUCAAGGAAAAGGAUCUGGCCCCGCCUUUAAGCAUCACACCACAGGAGGCCACCAUUCGCUUUGAGGAUGUAUAUUUUGAAUACCUGGAUGGCCAGAAAAUCCUGAAUGGCGUGACUUUUGAGGUGCCUGCUGGGAAGAAGGUAGCCAUAGUCGGUGGCAGCGGGUCCGGGAAGAGCACUGUUAUGCGGCUGUUGUUCCGCUUCUAUGAGCCCCAGCGGGGGAACAUCUACAUCGCAGGGCAGAAUAUCCGAGAUGUCAGCCUUGAAAGCUUGAGGAAGGCUUUGGGGGUCGUGCCUCAGGAUGCCGUUCUGUUCCACAACACCAUUUUCUACAACCUGCUGUAUGGGAACAUCCACGCUACACCUGAAGAGGUUUACCAAGUAGCUCGCCUUGCAGGCAUCCAUGAUGCUAUCCUCAGGAUGCCACAUGGUUACGACACCCAAGUUGGGGAGCGAGGCCUCAAGCUCUCAGGCGGGGAGAAGCAACGUGUCGCCAUCGCCCGUGCAGUAUUAAAGAAUCCGCCCAUUUUCCUGUAUGAUGAAGCAACAUCGUCUCUGGACUCUAUCACAGAAGAGAACAUCCUUAGCUCAAUGAAGACGGUGGUGAAGGAAAGGACGUCGGUGUUCAUCGCCCACAGGCUGUCCACCGUUGUUGACGCAGAUGAGAUUAUUGUGCUGAGUGAGGGUAAAGUGAAAGAGCGAGGCGACCACGAAAUGCUCCUCAACACCCCGGGAAGCUUGUACGCCGACCUGUGGAACACGCAGAACAGCAGGAUCCUCAACAGCGGCAAGAACCCCACCCCGCCGCCGGCCGAGCGCCUCUCCCAAAAGGAGGAGGAGAGGAAGAAACUGCAGGAGGAGAUUCUCAACAGUGUGAAGGGCUGUGGGAACUGCUCCUGCUGAGAGAAAAUGCCACAGAUGGCCCAAGCUGGAGUCCCUGGUCCGUGGGUUAUUCGAGGAGGGAAAGCGGGGGGGUUUGUGUCCCCGUCGCGCACACCGGCCUGGCCAUGCUUCCUUCCACCUCCUCAUCUGAAUAAAGACUACUGCCGGCCAAGUUGAGGAGGAUCUGAACAGACAGGGUGUGUGCUAAGCGCUGGACGGUGUCCAGAACGUCUAUAUGUCACUUUCCUCAGCUGAAGCCAAGAAUAGGAGACCCUGUACAUCACAUACGUGCACGCUAGACAUCUGCUCGACAACAUGGUCGCUCUCCCUUCCUCCUCCUCUUCACUUGGGGUGUAUCGACAUCUUUCUUCACACUGGAAACAGGGGAGUGAGCACUUUUGUACAGCUCGCUUUUUUUUAAAGAUCAUUUGCAAGAUUAUUUUAAUUUGUCGUUUUUAAUAAAGGAGCGUGUAUGUUGGACUUGGCGAAAGGUUGACUCACUGAGCUUCAUUCCCAGCGGCGUGAGCGCAGGUACACCGCAAAUGUCAGCAGACCAGAUUGAGAUGGUGAAACUGUCCUAUCGUCCUUUUGUAACUCUCGGUGAGAGUUUGGAGUCCUGAGCACAAUGUCCUCCCCGAGUGAAUUAGCAGAAUGUCAGUGACGAGUCAGGGUAAAAAUAACAGCGCAGCAACGUGGAAUAAAUCAUGAAUGGUUGUCGCUGCCUUGUGAGGCCUCCUUCUGGGAACAACAUAGCAUUUGGCUUUGAUGUCUGCGAUGACGUGGUCUGUGUCAACUGAACUAGCGCUGAUUAGAUGAUGAUCAGUCGUGUCCAUGUUUAUGUUUCAAAACUGACAUGCAUGUCCUCCUUUUUAGAGGACUGCUCGGUGAUACAGUACGCACAUGUUUUCAGAAUUGUGACUAUAAAUAAAAUGAAAUGUUGUAUUAACA